AUGAAACGUGCGAGAAUCGACGCUCCGGACAAGACCCCGUCAUCGGCGGCGGUCUCGGGGGUGGCCUCCGGGCAGCAAGCUCAUUUGCCCAAGAUUUCGAGGAAGAUCCGAGCAUGCCAGGAAUGCCAGAAUCGUAAGAUCAAGUGCGGCAUUGAGCCGGGUCAGAACCAGUGUGCUCGAUGCUCUCGCCUGGGUCUGCAGUGCGUCGUGAACAAGAGUCUCCAAACCUUGCUCGACAGCGAGAAUGAGUGGAAAACCAAGAUGGAAAUGCAGCUUCAGACCCUCCAGGCUUCGAUGAUGGAACUCGUGCCUGUGCCACCUUUCCACCACGAAGGCGCCGGCAUGUCCCAGAGUCCGCAGAACAUGGCCGGAUCACAGAGCAGUCCCGGUACGGGGCCGUCCCCCGUUCGGCCACCCGACGUUACGGCAAUGACGCGGGAGAAUUCACCGGAGCCCACGGCGCAAGACAACGGCGAAGACCAGGCCAUUGUGAGUGCGCCCAUGGCCAGCCUCUUCGAAGUGACCAAACUGCGGAACAUCCGGAGCGACCCAGGGGCGCGGGUCCACCUCCCAUCCAGCCGGGCCCAAGAGCCAGACUUCAUUGCCCAGGGCAAGUUUAGCGUCCAGGAGGCCGAGCAGCUUUUCUCCACGUUCCGUGGGACCCUCAAUGCGUACUUGUGGGGAGGCAUUGCACUAGUCCAUGACAACCUCACGGCCACGCGCAUGUCUUCACCUCUGCUCACGGCCGCCAUCCUUGCUGUCACUGCUCUGCACGAACAAGAUGAAGGCCGAGCUUUCGAUAUUUGCUACCCAACUUUCUUGGAGCUAGCCAGCCAGACCAUGUUCGACCGCUACCACAGUCUCGACGAUGUGAGGGGACUUUGCAUCGGCGCAUUUUGGCUUUCCGACAUCAGCUGGAAGGUGUCUGGUCUUGCGGUACGAAUCGCCACGGAGCUAAACCUUCAUCAGUUCUGCGCCAAAGCCCUCAACAAGGGACCACAACACGUCGAGAAGGCCCGGCUAUGGUACCUGCUCUACGUCUGCGACCAUCAUUUCAGUAUUGCGUACGGCAGGCCUCCAGUCAUUAACGAGGACGCUACCAUCACGCAUCACGAGGCAUUCCUUCUGCUACCAGGCAUCACACAAGCGGACCACCGUCUACACAGUCAGGUUGGUGUCUUUAUCAUUUUGAGUCGGGUCUUCCACACCUUUGGACCAGACACGUCAAGGCAAGUUGCCAGAGAUGAGUUUGAGGCACUCAAGCGAUACGAUGCCGAUCUGGGUCGAUGGAAGCUUCAAUGGGAAACUCGGUUAGUGCCGGACAAACACAUCUCAAAGUACCCUGCCAAGGGCGUCAUCCUCCACUAUCACUUUGCCCGUCUCCUAUUGUUUUCCAUCUGUCUCAGGGGUCUGAAUCCAUCAAACCCGACUGACCAAUACGCCAUGUCCGAUGAACGCCGCGACUUCAUCAAUCUCGCCAUCGCAAGCGCGUCUGCCGCAUUGGAACUGAUCUUAACAGACACCGAUAUGCGGAGAGCAGUCAUUGGCGUGCCUCUGUACCUGCUGACGACCAUCGCGUACGCCGCCAUGUUCUUGAUGAAGGUCCACGCGCAGUGGAAGCCAGCGAGGCUGGACAUACGCUACGAAGAUGUGGUCUCUCUCAUCGAGCGGGUCGUCCAAUUACUGGAAGAAACUAACCGCUGCGCCCGUCAUGUGGCUCACUACAUCGGACGCGGCCUGAGCAACAUGCUGGACAAGUUCAAGGAACGUGGUCCCCAAGAGAGGCAGUACAUCGCCGGAGGUCAGCCCGGCCAGCCUGGUCAACCAGGCCAGCAGAUUCCUCAAGUUUGGAAUGAAGGGGAGAUGGGGCAAGACUGGAACCAAUGGAUGUUCAGCGGAGAGAUGAUGAAUAAUUUUGGGAUGGGGCCGGAGCAAUAUCCGCUCAACAUGCUAGACUUGUUGAAUUCGCAGAUGCCCGGCUGA